UUGGAAAACUUGGUCUCUAUACUUAGUACUGGGUUUCUAGGGUUACAAAAGGUACCAGUAUGUUCAUACGAAUCAUGUGUAAACGUAAGAACCUUCACAUAUAGUUCACUCUUGCUCUUCGUACAUGUAAACGUGCUUUUGCAAGGACAAAAAUCCGUAGAAAUUGGCGAUAGUAAUUUUUAAGUAUGUACAAACGUGAAUCGGUGUUCCAGCUUAAUAAUUCAUGCAUUGUUUACAUUACCGUAAACAAUUGUUGUUUUCUAAAAGUUACCAAGAUCGUCGGCUGGUCUUCAUUUACCAUUGUGAAGUCCAAAUGAACAUCACCAAAAAAGUGUUUAUUUAAAAAUCACCUUUUUAUAAUUACCUAUUUAGGUUGGGAAUAAGUUUCCACACGAUGAUACUGAUAUUCACAAGAACUAUCACUUUUAAUAACAGGAAUCCAGAAAGUUUCCAGAAAUUAUACUGAUAUUCGGUAUUUUCUACAUAAAAGGUAACUACUCUCAAAACUUGUAAAUUGAAGCAAAGUUGCUGAUUUUUACUUUGUUUUCAGUGCUUUCUGAUCUUGUGGUGAAAGCCUUAAAUCAACGUGUCACAAAAGACAAACCUCAUUCUUCUCUCAAACCGUUCAUUUACUUCUUUUUUAUUCAUUACCUACACUACAGUUGGAAUGGAAUUCUGGAAGCAGCUUUGCGCUGAGCAUGGGAUCAGUCCUGAAGGCACACUUGAAGAAUUCGCUACUAGUGAUUCUGAUCGUAAAGACGUAUUUUUCUACCAAGCAGAUGAUGCUCAUUACAUCCCUCGUGCUGUUUUGCUGGACUUAGAACCACGUGUAAUAAAUGCAAUUCUAUCCUCACCCUACGCUCGACUUUACAAUCCAGAAAAUGUCUAUCUAUCUAAACAUGGAGGUGGUGCUGGAAAUAAUUGGGCCGCUGGAUAUACACAGGGUGAAAAACUAGAAGAAGAAGUCUUUGAUAUUAUUGAUCGUGAGGCUGAAGGAAGUGAUAGCUUAGAGGGCUUCGUUAUGACUCAUUCUAUUGCGGGAGGAACUGGAUCUGGAAUGGGCUCAUUUAUUCUUGAACGUCUUAACUCACAUUUCCCGAAAAAGCUUAUUCAAACCUACUCAGUUUUUCCAAACUUAGAAGAAACUAGUGAUGUUGUUGUUCAGCCUUAUAACAGUUUAUUAACAUUAAAACGUCUGACUUUGAAUGCCGAUUGUGUGGUUGUUCUAGACAAUACCGCCCUACAUCGAAUAGCUACGGAUCGUUUACACAUUGAAAAUCCGUCUUUUGCUCAAAUCAACCAACUGGUCUCUAAAGUGAUGUCUGCAAGCACAGCCACACUUCGUUAUCCAAGUUACAUGAAUAACGAUCUAAUUGGUUUAAUUGCUCCCUUGACACCUACUCCACGGCUACAUUUCUUAAUGACUGGUUAUACUCCACUGACAACAGAUACAGAAGUUACAACAAUAAGACGGACAACUGUAUUCGAUGUGAUGCGACGUUUAUUACAACCGAAAAAUAUGAUGGUCUCCACUCCAACACAACGUGGUGUUAGCCAUUGUUAUGUCUCUAUAUUGAACAUAAUUCAGGGAGAAGUUGACCCCACUGAGGUACACAAAUCAUUACAGCGGAUUCGAGAACGUCGUAUGGCCCAGUUCAUCCCUUGGGGUCCAGCUAGCAUUCAAGUUGCACUGUCCAGACGAUCUCCAUAUGUUCAAACACCACAUCGUGUUAGUGGUCUUUUGCUUGGAAAUCACACAAGCAUAUCAACUCUGUUUCUACGUACCUUAGCUCAAUACGAUAAGCUACGUACCCGUGGUGCCUUCAUUGAACAAUUUCGUAAAGAAGAAGUAUUUCGGGAUGACCCAGAGUUGAAGGAAUUUUCUGAUAGCAGACAAGUAGUUCAUAAUCUAAUCGAAGAGCAUAAUGCAGCAACUCGACCAGAUUAUGUUCAUUGGGGUGCUCAACGAGCUGCAGCUGUAGCUGCAACACAGGCAGCUGCCGCCGCUGCGGCUUCUUCAAAUACUUAAGCUCUCUACUCUUAUUUCUUAGUCAAAAAUCUACCUUUUAUAGAUUACAAGGUUGUAAAAUUACAUUUUUCAGUUUUUAGAUGUUUAUUUCAACUUUUUCUAAGAUUGCCUUGUUUUCCAACUUGUAGUUUUGUUAUAUAUUUUUCACCUGACUGCUUAAAAAAAAGCAGAGGAAUCUUUUUUUUCUACUCCGCUGAUAUUUGAAUAUAUCGGUAUGCAUAAACGGUCAUGCAUAGAGGUGGAAAAUUUGUUGACAGUUUUUUUAAACAAAAUGUCACUGAAAUAAAAUUGUUUAUUAUCUA